GGGCGCGGGGCCGGGCGGGGCGGGGCGGGCGCGGAGGCGGAAUCGGCUCCCGCGCUCGGGGGGGGGGGGGGGGGGGGGGGGGACAGGAGGCGGCGGAGCUGGAGCGGCGGAGCGGGAGGCAGAGCCGGAGAGGCGGUCGCGAGCACGAGUGGGGUGGGGCGUGCCCACGCCCCCGCCCCUCUUACCCCCCCUCCAGGCCCGGGAGCCGCAGUCCACGCCGCUGGGGAGUCGGGGUCCACGCCGCACCCCUCCCCCUUGUCUUCUCAGCUACCCAGGCCUUUCCAGGACACAGAGCAGGGACAGGGACACAGAGGGACAGGAACGACCCCCCACACACACUUAGCAGAAGCCCAGUGGUGUGGUGGGAGGAAGAGGCAGUGGUCUCAGGGAGUGGGCCUAAGUCUGGGCACAGGUGCAGCGCAGAGAGCAGAGGCCAGGACUUGGGGUGACAGGCCCAGUGCCAGUGAAGAAGGACAGUGGCCCAGCAGGACAGAGACAGGACUUGGAGGGUGCAGCUGAGCCGGGGGGAGCUAGGGAUUUAGAACAGCACCUCCCAUCCUAAGAAAGGCUCUGCUUCCCAGGAUGCCAGCCAGCGAGCUGAGCCAGGCCACCAGAGCACUCCUGGACUGAGAGAGAGAGAGAAAGGGCCGGGUGGAGGGGGGCUGGGCCAUCCCUGUGGGGUCCUGGCCCCCAAGGCGUUGGCCGCGGCCAUGUCACGGCCAAGCCAGGGCGUGGUGGUCAGCGGGCUGGGCUUCCCGCCGCAGAAUGUGGCCCGGGUGGUGGUGUGGGAGUGGCUGAAUGAGCACAACCGCUGGCGGCCCUACACGGCCACCGUGUGCCACCACAUCGAGGACGUACUCAAGGAGGAUGCUCGUGGCUCCGUGGUACUGGGCCAGGUGGACGCACAGCUGGUGCCGUACAUCAUCGACCUGCAGUCCAUGCAGCAGUUUCGCCAGGACACGGGCACCAUGCGGCCGGUGAGGCGUAACUUCUAUGAGCCGUCAUCAGCGCCAGGCAAGGGCAUCGUGUGGGAGUGGGAGAACGACGGUGGGGCGUGGACGGCCUACGACAUGGACAUCUGCAUCACUAUCCAGAACGCCUACGAGAAGCAGCACCCGUGGCUCGACCUCUCAUCGCUGGGCUUCUGCUACCUCAUCUACUUCAACAGCAUGUCCCAGAUGAACCGCCAGACGCGCCGGCGCCGCCGCCUGCGUCGCCGCCUGGACCUGGCCUACCCACUCACUGUGGGCUCCAUCCCCAAGUCGCAGUCGUGGCCCGUGGGCGCUAGCUCGGGACAGCCCUGCUCAUGCCAGCAGUGCCUACUGGUCAACAGCACACGCGCCGCCUCCAACGCCAUCCUGGCCUCCCAGCGCCGUAAGGCGUCCGCCGCACCGACAUCGCCACUGCCUCCUGGAGGGCCUCCAGGAGCGCCCCCGGGCACGCUCUCCACCAUGCACCCCAGUGCCACCUUCGCCAGUGCCACGCUCUGGGCUGUGCCCACCGCUGGCCCCACGGAGCCUGCGCACGCCCCUGGGGCAUCCCUGAGGAGUCCCCUCAACCCUGGUGGUGUGCCCACCCCCGGACAGAACAACCUCAACCGGCCUGGACCCCAGCGCAGCAGCGGUGUGAGUGCACGCACCUCGGUCCCACCAGGGGUCCCUGCGCUCCCAGUGAAGAACUUAAAUGGUACUGGGCCUGUCCAUCCGGCCCUGGCAGGGAUGACUGGAAUCCUGCUGUGUGCAGCCGGCCUGCCUGUGUGCUUGACCCGGGCCCCCAAGCCCAUCCUGCACCCGCCGCCCGUGAGCAAGAGCGACGUCAGGCCUGUGCCGGGGGUGCCCGGGGUGUGCCGCAAGACCAAGAAGAAGCACCUCAAAAAGAGUAAAAACCCCGAGGAUGUGGUUCGAAGGUACAUGCAGAAAGUGAAGAAUCCCCCGGAUGAGGACUGCACCAUCUGCAUGGAGCGUCUGGUCAUGGCGUCCGGCUACGAGGGCGUGCUGCAGCACAAGGGUGUGCGGCCAGAGCUGGUGGGCCGCCUGGGCCGCUGCGGACACAUGUACCACCUGCUGUGCCUCGUGGCCAUGUACUCCAACGGCAACAAGGUGGGCUGGGGGCAUGGGCAAGGGGGUGGGGCUGGCCGACCGGGGCCCAUGGACCUCACUGCCACCUUCCUGGGCCAGGAUGGCAGCCUGCAGUGCCCCACCUGCAAGGCCAUCUACGGGGAGAAGACGGGCACUCAGCCACCCGGGAAGAUGGAGUUCCACCUCAUCCCUCACUCCCUGCCCGGCUUCUCUGACACCCAGACCAUCCGCAUCGUCUACGACAUCCCCACUGGCAUCCAGGGCCCUGAGCACCCCAACCCAGGCAAGAAAUUCACCGCCAGAGGCUUCCCACGCUACUGUUAUCUGCCCAACAAUGAGAAGGGCCGGAAGGUGCUGAGGCUGCUCAUCAGGGCCUGGGAGAGGAGACUCAUCUUCACCAUCGGCACGUCCAACACCACCGGCGAGUCUGACACCGUGGUAUGGAACGAGAUCCACCACAAGACCGAGUUCGGCUCCAACCUCACGGGUCACGGCUACCCGGACGCCAGCUACUUGGACAACGUGCUGGCUGAGCUCACAGCACAGGGCGUGUCUGAGGCUAUGGCCUAGGCCUGAGGGCCAGCAGCCCACCUCCCUUCCUGCUUCGCCCGUGCCCGGCACCACCUCCCUCCCGGCCUCCCUCCUCAAGGGCCUGAAGCCUGACAGAUUUGGCUAGUGGCCCUGGGCUGCUGGGGGGGACCCAGAUGGCCUGCAGAGAGAGCCCCGGAACCCCCUUCAUCCAGCAUACGUGUCCUAAUGAACACAUGCACGCACACCCACGUGCCUCAACUCCCCCCCGAAGACGAGGGGGGCAGACAGAAAAUGCCCUGUGACCUCUUGUGUGACUUCCCACCCGUGUCUUCAGUGUCCCUCAGAGGCUGGGCCAUGGGGGUGGGGGUACUUCUGGGGCUCCCUGUGGGUGGGGGAGGGCACUUGGGGAGCUCAGUCAUCCCUCCAUCUCUGCCACCCACUGCAAACCCCUCUUUCCCCCCAGAUUACUGUGCAGUUUUGCAAACCGAUGGAGCUCAUGUCUUACUCUGCACUUGACUCUUCAUCCUUUUGGGCCCUCCUCCUCUCCGUCCCAGGCCUCCUAUCUCCCCAGAUCUUUAAAGGUCCCCGUUCCUCUCCACCGAAGCCCUCCCCGUGUCAAGACCUCCCCAUGUCAAGGAAGCUCCUGGUCCAGGAGCCUGCUAGGAGGCCCGGCUAGGGACCGACUGGACAGCCACGAGUCAGUCCCCUCCCUGUCCCGAGAGCACCAGAGCGGCCAAUCAGGGGCCCGUUGCCCCGGCAACUCACCAGCUCCGCCUCUGCCGAUUGGCCGCCCGGCUGGAAGCAGCUAGGAUUUAAACCUACCAGUCCCACUGUGGGUGGAGAAAUAAACGCUCUUUCUCCUCCUCCUCA